CGGCAGCGCAGCAUGUGCACCGGGACAGCUGGGGAAGAUGUAUGUGGGUUAUCUUGUGGAUAAGGACACCAACAUGUAUCCCAGUCCUGUCCGGCAUCCCAGCCUCAACCUCAACCCCCAGAAUUACGUGCCGGGGCCGCCCCAGUACUCGGACUUCGCCAGCUACCACCAUGUGCCAGGGAUUAACAACGACUUGCACCAUGGGCAGCCGGCAGCCGCCUGGGGCUCUCCCUACACCCCUGCCAAGGAGGACUGGCAUUCCUAUGGAACCACUGCGACACCUUCCACUGCCAGCCCAGGGCAGUUUGGAUUCAGCCCCCCAGAUUUUAACCCCAUCCAGCCCCCGGGCUCUGGACUCUUGCCACCACCCAUCAGUAGCUCCGUCCCCCAGCUCUCCCCUAAUGCCCAGAGACGCACCCCAUAUGAGUGGAUGAGGCGCAGCAUUCCCAGCACCAGCAACAACGGCAAGACCAGGACGAAAGACAAGUACCGGGUGGUGUACACAGACCACCAGCGCCUGGAGCUGGAAAAGGAGUUUCACUACAGCCGCUACAUUACCAUCCGCCGCGCCGAGCUGGCUGCUGCCCUGGGGCUGACCGAACGGCAGGUGAAAAUCUGGUUUCAGAAUCGGAGGGCGAAGGAGAGGAAGGUGAACAAGAAGAAACUGCAGCAGCAAAACCAGCCCACCAGCACCACCACGCCAACCCCACCGGCUGUCAGCACGCUGGGACCCAUUGGAGGCCUCUGCAGCAGCAAUGCCCCCAACCUUGUCUCCUCAUCUCCACUGACGAUCAAGGAAGAAUUCAUGCCUUAACCCUCUUCACCAGCUACAGACACCAAAAGAUAAGCACUAUGCAGCAGAGC